GCUUCAAACAAUCCAGGUUUCACAAUGGGCUCCAUCAGUGCAGCAAAUGCAGAAUUUUGUUUUGAUGUAUACAAAGAGCUGACGGUUCACCAUGCCAAUGACAACAUCAUCUUUUCCUCCCUGAGUUUGAUUUCAACCCUGUCCAUGCUGUAUCUGGGAGCAAGAGGUAACACUCAGUCUCAGAUGGAGAAGGUUCUUCACUUUGAUAAUGUUACAGGAGAUAGAGACACUACUGACUCCCAGUGUGGCCCUUCUGAACACAUCCACAGUACAUUGAAGGAUCUUCUCUCAGACGUCACCAGGCAGAAUGCUACAUACUCGCUCAGGAUUGCUGACAGAAUCUAUAUUGACAAAACAUACCCUGUUCUUCAGGAAUACUUAAAGUGUGCAAAGAAAUUCUACAAAGCAGAGUUGGAAGAAGUUAACUUCAAAACAGCUGCAGAGGAAGCAAGACAGCUCAUUAACUCCUGGGUGGAGAAAGAGACAAAUGGACGGAUUCAAGAUUUGAUUGUGCCAGACUCUGUUGGUCUCGAUACUGCGCUGGUCUUUGUGAAUGCCAUUUACUUCAAAGGGAUAUGGAAAACUGCGUUUAGAGAAGACGACACUCGGGAAGUGCCCUUCAAUGUGACAGAGCAAGAGAGCAGACCUGUGCAAAUGAUGUUUCAGAAUAGUACCUUCAAAGUGGGAAGAGUGGCUGCAGAGAAAAUGAAGAUCCUGGAGCUUCCAUAUGCCAGCGGAGAGCUGAGCCUGUUGGUGCUGCUGCCUGAUGACAUCUCUGGUCUGGAACAGCUCGAGAACAAAAUCAGCUAUGAAAGACUCAUGAAGUGGACCAGUCCCAGUGUGAUGGAGCAGAAGAGGGUGAAAGUGUACCUCCCGCGCAUGAAGGUUGAGAAAAAAUAUAACCUCACAUCUGUCUUAACAGCCUUGGGUAUGACCGACCUGUUCAGCCCCUCGGCCAAUCUCUCUGGCAUCUCUUCAGCAGAGAGCCUGAAGAUAUCUGAGGCCAUUCAUGAGGCGUACAUGGAAGUCACUGAGGAGGGCACUGAGGUGACUGGCUCAGCUGUUGUGAAAGGAGAUAUCCAAGAAUCCUCUGAGUCUGAAGAGUUUAGGGCUGACCACCCAUUCCUUUUCUUGAUCAAACACAAUCCAAGCGACCUGAUCCUCUUCUUUGGUAGAUAUUGUUCUCCUUAA